AAAACGUCAUGUUUUCCUUGCUUUUGUUUCUUCUCCUCUUUUCCCUCUUCUCCUCUUUUCUCUUCCUCUUCUGCUCCAAACCUCCUCAAUUGUUUCUUCGUCCAAUCCUCCACCAUGGCCAAUCUUGCGGAUUUUGUCGACUUUUCUCAGAAGUCCUUGCAGGUGUCUGCAUUGUCCAUUGCAUUCAACCCCAUCUUCUGGAACAUUGUUGCCCGUGCUGAGUACCGAAAGCACUACUUGACUCGUAUAUUCGGUAGCCCGUACAACGGAUGUUACUUCCUUGCGUUCACCAUCUUCACCCUGGGAAUCGCGCGAGACCAUGUGUACCAACUGGCCCUGACCGACCAACCCUACUACGCCCCUGUGCACCAACCACUCCUAGGCGGCGCCUUGUUUGGCUUCGGCUCCAUCCUCGUUCUGAGCAGCAUGUGGGCCCUUGGCGUCACUGGAACCUAUCUAGGCGACUACUUCGGUAUCCUGAUGGAUGCCCCUGUUACUGGUUUCCCCUUCAACGUCACCGGAUCUCCCAUGUAUUGGGGAAGCACCUUGAACUUCUUGGGUGUCGCCCUGUACCAAGGCAAGGUGGCAGGUAUCCUUUUGACUGCCCAGGUCUUUGUUCUGUACUGGUUCGCUCUUCGAUGGGAAGAUCCUUUCACCGCGGAGAUCUAUGCCAAGCGCGACCGUGAACGUUCCAAGAUGCAGUAAAGCGACAAGCGCUUGUAAUAGACAAGCCGGCCUGUGAAGAGCAAUACAAUUACUUGCAGGAUUGGAUUAGGACAUUCAACACCCAACCGUC